AUGGCACAAACCAUGCGCGCAGCCCGCUACUACGGCAAAGAAGAUGUGCGCAUAGAAGAAACACCUCGCCCUGUUCUCUCGCCCGGUCAAAUCCUCAUUAAGCCUUCGCACGUGGGCAUCUGUGGAACGGAUUUGCACGAGUAUAUUGCUGGUCCUACGUAUGUUUCCCUGUCCCUCCCUAUCACUGACCAUUCCCUUCUCCCACCACCACCACCACCACCACUGUCCUCAAGAAGGUUUUAA